CAGCCAAACCCUUGAGUAAAUUAAAAAAAAAAAAAAAACAUUCAAAACCUCUCUCACCACACGGCAGAAAACUUGAAGUAUUUGCUUUCAACGAAACACAGAAUUCUCUGAUUAUUUCGUCCUAUCAAAAAAUCAAACGUCCAAUUCGUUACUCAGAGAGAAAAGGGAGUGAGAGAGAGGAGAAGGGAAAAUAAGUAUAAUAGAGGAGAAUAACUAGUAAACCAAGGGUUGCCAAGAAAUUUGAGUAAAACCCAAAAAGCUAUCGAAAGCUCCCAAACUGCACAAGGAGAAUAAUCGUCCGAAGAGAGAGGAAAGAGAGAGGAAAGAGAGAGAGAAAUCGCUGAUCAUUUCGCCCUCCCAGAAAAUCAACCAUCAAAUUUCAGGUGGAAAACAAUUCGCCGAGAUUAGCCGAAGUUCGAAUUGGCAGAAUCUAAAUUUAUCGCAACGGAAAAGGCUUCAAAGAAAAGCUUUUUGCCUUAAAGUGAUUUUUAGUCUGAAACUGAACCGUUCCGAAAUCUAAACACCCAAUCGAUUCCAAUUUCCUAACAGGGAACAAAGGGAAGUUCAGUUUUUAGUUGAAGUGAGGAGCUUUAAUCUCUCCAAAACAUCUGUUCAAGCAGCUUUUAAAAAAUCUGUCCAGAAAAAAUCGGAAAGCCUUCCAAUUUCGUCCUGAAAACUUUAUAGCCUGUCUGUCUCUUCUGACUUCGUGGAACGUAAUCUUCACCCUUUUCCAGGUCCGCACCACAAUCCCAUCACAAUGCAAACCAGUAGCCGAGUGGAACCCACCACAGCCGAAUUGGCUGAGAGUCGAAAACUUCUUCACCGCAUACUACUGGAUCUGUUGAUCGUCAUUGUCCUCGUCAUACCCAUUGCUGUGUGUGAAUUUGCCAUCGAACCAUUUCGUCGGGGAUUCUUUUGCGAUGAUGAAACCAUACGUUAUCCCUUCAAGGAUAAUACAAUUACUCCUGUGCUGUUGGGUGUAAUUCUGGCGGUGCCUACCUUCCUUAUCAUUGGCAUCGGGGAGUAUGUGAGGCAGUAUAAAAAGGGCACCAUUAGUAAUACCAGAUAUCUCUGGGGUUGCCGCAUACCCAUUUGGUAUUGUAAUAUUUUCAAACAAUUGGUCUAUUUUGCUUUUGGUCUCCUGUUGACCUUUGAUGCCACGGAAUUGGGUAAAUACACCAUUGGCCGGUUGAGGCCUCAUUUCAUGGCCGUUUGCCAGCCCCAGUUCUCGGAUGGUUCAACGUGUGCGGAUUCCUUCAAUCAACAUCGUUAUGUGGAGAAUUAUUUUUGCCUGGGCACGGGUUUUACAGCAGCCGAUGUGCGUCAGGCCCGUCUCUCCUUCCCCAGUGGCCAUUCCAGUUUGGUAGUCUAUAGCAUGGUUUAUGUUGCUCUGUAUCUGCAAAAACGCAUGCACUGGCGCAGAUCGGAUUUGACCAGACAUUUCAUUCAAUUCACCCUAAUUAUGGUGGCCUGGUUUACGGCCCUCAGCCGCAUCAUGGACAAUUGGCAUCAUUGGUCCGAUGUCCUGUGUGGCUCUCUGAUUGGCAUUGUGGCAGCUUUAAUUACCGCCAAUUAUAUUAGUAAGUUUUUCAAAAAGCCCCACUCCGAGUUGGCCACGUUGCGACUUAGCGGUGGUCUGGCCAGGCAGGAUACCUCGGCCACACUCAAUGAGGUGUUGGCCCAUACUCCACCGCCUUAUACCAUAGACUCAGAGGCAGCAGCGGCGCCGGAUUUUACAAAUGAUCAAUACUGCACCAAGGUGUAAGGGGUCCUUGGCGGAAUCGAGCUUUAAGGCUUUGUAAAUAUGUUAAAUUUUUGUUAAAUGAAAAAAUAUAGUAGCUAAGCUUAAGUUAUGCACAAAACGAAAAACGAAGAGCUUUUACACCAAACAAACAAACACUCACACACACACAAUCACAUUCCAGCUGUUUAAUGCAGAACACAUGUCUCAUAGUAUUAUUAAGUUUUAAGAUGCCUUGUUUUAUUUUUAAGUUUUUAAAAACAAAAUAGUAAUAAAAAAACAU